GCCGUGGAUCAAUUCUUGGAUAAACUCAUUUCAUGUUAGACCGACCAUCACAACGCUUCUUUGUAACUUUAUAGGCCUACACUCUAUAAUUUCAUAUGAAUCACUCAGACACGCCGCGAGCGCUGCAGACUUCAACAGUGAUCUGAUGCUCAACAGAUAAACUGCGUUUGACCACUUCAGAGUGAUUCUGCAUUGAUUUCAAGGCUUGCAAAUAUAUCGACGAUGGAUUUCCUGGCGGCCGUGGGUGAAUUCAUUCAGCUGUCAGCGCGGAGUGCUUUGCUUUCGCUGCUGGUGUGUUUGAUGCUCAUGUUCUGGCGUCGAUCCGGUCGGCGGAAGUUACCGGGUCCGUUCCCGUGGCCGGUCAUCGGUAACGCCGCUCAGCUCGGGAACUGUCCUCACGUUUACUUCUCACGGAUGGCUCAGAAAUACGGCGACGUGUUUCAGAUCAAACUAGGCAGCCGAAACGUGGUGGUUCUGAACGGAGACGCGAUUAAAGAGGCGCUAAUUAAAAAAGCCGUCGAUUUUGCCGGCAGACCCGAUUUCGCUUCAUUUCGGUUCGUGUCCGGUGGGAAAAGUAUGGCGUUCGGUAACUACAGCCAGUGGUGGAAACUGCAUCGAAAGAUCGCACAAAGCACCGUGAGAACUUUCUCCACAGCCAACAUCCACACCAAACAAACCUUUGAGAAGCACAUCGUCUGCGAGAUUGGAGAGCUUAUCCGUUUGUUUCUGACUAAAACUCGCGAGCAGCAAUACUUCGAACCGCAUCGGUAUUUGGUGGUGUCGGUGGCGAACACCAUGAGCGCCGUGUGCUUCGGGAACCGGUACUCGUAUGAUGAUGCUGAGUUCCAGCAGGUGGUGGGCAGAAAUGAUCAGUUCACCAAGACAGUCGGAGCUGGAAGCAUCGUGGAUGUGAUGCCCUGGCUUCAGUACUUCCCAAACCCAAUCAAAACUCUCUUUGGCCAGUUUAAAGAACUCAACGACGAGUUUUACGAGUUUAUCCAUUCCAAAGUGGUGGAGCACCGCAAGACUAUUUUAAUGAGCUUCGUCCGUGACAUGACUGACGCGUUCAUUGUAGCUCUGGAUAAAGGGCUGUCAGGGGGGCCAGGGGUCUUUCUGGAUAAGGAGUUCGUGCCACCGACCAUCACAGAUAUUUUUGGAGCCAGUCAAGACACUCUGUCUACAGCUCUGCAGUGGAUCAUUCUGUUACUAGUCAGGUAUCCAGAAGUCCAGAAACGUCUUCAGGAGGAUGUCGACAGAGUGGUGGAUCGCAGUCGCCUUCCAACCAUUGCAGACAAGCCUCAUCUUCCGUACUACACGGCCUUCAUCUACGAAGUCAUGCGAUUCACCUCGUUCGUCCCCGUUACGAUCCCCCACAGCACGACCACGGACACGUCCAUCAACGGUUAUCCCAUCCCCAAAAACACUGUUAUUUUCGUCAACCAAUGGUCUUUGAACCAUGACCCGACCAAAUGGGAUCAACCAGAGGUAUUCAACCCGCAGCGCUUCCUGGACGAGGACGGAGCGCUCAACAAAGACUUAACCACCAACGUGCUGAUCUUCUCUGUGGGGAAGCGCAGAUGCAUUGGAGAAGAUCUGUCCAAGAUACAGCUCUUCCUCUUCACGUCCUUGCUGCUCCAUCAGUGUAGCUUUACAGCAGAAAGUAUUCCAAGCAUGGACUUUGAUUACGGGCUCACGCUUAAACCCAAAGCCUUUAAAGUGUCUGUCACACUCCGAGACAGCACAGAACUGCUGGACAGCUUGGUAGGAACGUCUCAGACUCCUACACAAAUGAGACAAAGACCUCAAGUUUGAAGUGAAAUAAAAGCACACAACCUAAAUACUCUGACAAAUGAAGGUGAAUAAGAAAACAAACACUGAAGAAUAUCUCAUAUCUGCAUGUGUGAGAAAAAAAUUUAUGUAUUUAUAGACGUCAUAUACUCAGGCAAAACAUUUUCCUGCUCAGAACGAGCUACAGGAAUAAAAACACACCCAUGUAUUGCUGUAACUACAUGAUGCACUGAUUUAUGGUAUAUUCAGCAAGAGCAGCAAAGCAAAAGCUACACAACAGGACAUUGCAUGGUGGCUUCAUUUUUAUCAGACAAAUGAAAGCUUCUAUGCAUGAUUAGACAAUUGAAACAUUUACAUGCAUAGCAUUAUUCAAUUGAGAGAUCUCUAUGUUACUAAUUCUAGUUCUUCUGGUCAGUAUAUAGCAUAUAGACAUACAUUUAGUCUCAGGUAUAGGAGAUGUGCCCUCAUCACGCUACAAUCUUUUAAUGCCAACACUAGGUGGUUUAAAGUCAAUGUGAAACACUGUUUGCAACCUAAUUUACUUCAAUGAUGUAUUUCAAAGUGAAACAAGAUAUACAAUGAGGAAAAAAAAAAUGGGGCAUGAAUUGCUUUUAUCUAUGUGUGUUGACUUAACACUGUCCUGUUAAUAUUUUACAUGACUGCAAUGAGCUUAAAGUAAUUUUUCCUUGUUUAGUUGUUGCUUGGGAUACUUUAGCUCAAACUAGCCCUGUGCUGCAUUGUAAAUGUCACUAUAUCUUGUUCAUAAAAUGAGAAAUUUGUACAGAAUAAUCUUAUAGCACUUUAUUGUUCUUCUUAAUCACUGUGCACCUUGAUACUAUUUCAUGAUUCUCACUACAGCAUUGUUGAGGUAUGUGCCUUGUUAUUAUUGACUUAGCAUUAAUCUAUAAUUACCAAAUAAACAUAGGUGGGUUUAACGCAGUCCACUUCCAUUGUGUUCCCCUGCAGCCUCCUUCCCAGUCUGGAGAAUCUGGCAGUGGGUCACAGGAAGUCUUCAAUGAAACUAUUCUGGAUGUCUGUGUCUAUAAUAAGUUGAAUGUGAUCUGGCACAUCAUGUUGUGUGGGCAGAAAGGAAAUACAUUUUGUGUAUCCCUUGGGUCCCUCCUAGUUAGGGGAAUCCUGAAGGGGAAUUUCAGGGUUUGUUAACUAACUAUAUAGUAUAUGUCUAGUAAUAUUUUUGUUUCUCUCUCUUUUUUGCUAAUUUCUAACUGCAGUGCUGCAAUAUACUUUUGAACUGUAACAGCGAAGUCUGAUCUGCUGUAAUACAUUUUUGUACUGAAUUGCAUUAGAUGUUAAUAGGCUACUGAACUGUAUUAUACUAUAUUUUUUUUGUGUGUGCAAAAUAUUGAUAUGCUGAUAUGUAGUUCCCAUUAUGUGAUACCAGCACAUAAUAUUAUAUUUUUCUACUUCAUAUAAGCUCUGACAUUUGGGUGCUCUGUGAAUUCUAAACUACAUACAGUGUACAGUUUUUGUAAGUAAAAUGUAGUGCAAAUAUGUAUACAUGAAUAAUGAAUAAAUGUAUACAUCAAAA